GUGAUAUAUCUUUGAUGACAGUAAAGCGUCUGGCAACAGUUGCCGUAGGAAUAAACGCCAUAGCCACCGUAGCUGUGACGACUGUUACCCGCCAACACGACUUAGGAUAAAAAGUGUAUCCAAGUAUUAGAACAAGGUUGUAGCUUGUAAUGGCCAGCCAGUCUUUUGUAUCUGACAUGCAGGCUAUGAAUGCAACUACCAUACAACAAUCUGUACAAGCCAGUAACAACCAGAAACCUGGAACUACAACAAUCAUCCAGCCAGCCCAGGCCCACUCUGGUCAACAAUUUAUUGUCACCACUGCAGUUUCUGGUUCUGGUGGACAGGAGCUUGAUCAAUCCCAAGAGACAGUUACCCUGCAGCAAGCUGCUGCCCAGAGCGUCUACCCGGCUCAUGUACAGUAUGUAGAACCGGACCCUAGUCUUCAUGCUGCCACUAACGGACAGAUGCAAUCUUAUGAGCAAUACGGUCAGGCGACCAUGUAUACUCCAGUCUCUGGGAACUAUUUUCAAGGCACUGGCACAGUGCAGAUGGGUGGUCUCCAGGGUCAGAUCUUGACCCAUCAGGGUGGUACAUAUUUGGUACAGGGUGGUACCAUGGAUGGGGAAGGACAUCCUUUGACACACACUACUCGAGCAUCCCCAGCCACUGUGCAGUGGCUAGUCGAUAAUUUUGAAACAUGUGAGGGUUUGAGUCUGCCGCGAGCAACACUAUACAACCUGUAUAUGCGACACUGCUCGAAGGAGAAGCUUGAUCCCAUGAGUCCACCUCUCUUUGGAAAGCUUAUACGUUCCAUCUUUGUGGGACUCCGUACUCGCCGCCUAGGGACCAGGAACAAUUCAAAGUAUCACUAUUAUGGCUUGCGGAUCAAGCCCAACUCUCCGCUGAUCCAUUUGAAAGAUGAGGAGACGAUAGCCCAGCGUCAGCCUCCACUUACAAGAUUCAAGAACUCAAUGGUGAAAGGUGAGGUUGACGGAAGUGAAGGCACUCCUGCUCAGAGUGAGGCUACCACACAACAACAGCAACAUCAACAGUUCCUCGGGGAUGCAUCUACUGCUUUACCUAACUUCAAACACAUUGAUCUGGCUGGCACUAUAUUGCCUGAUGGUAUCACUAAAGACCAUGUGCGCAUCAUGGAAAUUUUAUAUAAAGAGCAUUGUGAGGCUCUACUAGAUGUGGUUGUGAAUCUCCAGUUCUCUCUAUUUGAGGCUCUCUGGCAGGGCUUCUGGCGCAACUCAGACCAGCCAAAUGAUGAGGCAGAGAGACAGCUACCCAAAGAGAAACUGCAUGCACUUUGUCGAAUGGCGCCAGUACAGAAAUAUAUCCGCCGCUCUGACUAUGCAUUCUACCAGGCCUUAGUUGAAGUCCUCAUCCCUGAUGUGCUCAGGCCUAUACCAAGUUCCCUCACACAAGCUAUACGUAACUUUGCUAAGAGUUUAGAGGGCUGGUUGAAGGGUGCCAUGACAGGGGUACCUGAUGAGAUGGUGAAAUGCAAGUCUGGCGCUGCCAUAGCCUUUGCCCAGACUUUACGUAGAUACACAUCGUUGAAUCAUCUCGCUCAGGCAGCACGAGCAGUCCUACAGAACACAUCUCAGAUCAAUCAGAUGUUAACAGAUCUGAACAGAGUAGACUUUGCCAAUGUACAGGAGCAAGCUUCUUGGGUCUGCCAGUGUGAAGAUGCCACUGUGACCCAGCUAGAGCAGGACUUCAAGAAGACAUUACAGCAACAGAACUCGCUAGAGCAGUGGGCCAGCUGGCUAGAGGGUGUGGUUAACAAAGUCCUCAAGCCUCAUGAAGGCAGUGAUAACUUUCCCAAAGCUGCUAGACAAUUCCUGCUCAAAUGGUCCUUCUAUAGUUCAAUGGUGAUCAGAGAUCUGACUUUAAGAAGUGCUGCUAGUUUUGGUUCGUUCCACUUGAUUCGUCUACUGUAUGAUGAGUACAUGUUCUACCUGGUUGAACACAAGGUGGCCUCUGCCACAGGUGACACACCCAUAGCUGUUAUGGGAGAAGUGAGAUCGUUUUUUGACAUUGGUAGUGCUGUCAACAUGGGUACCAUGGAAACCAGCGAAACAAAGACCACCAGUUUGAUUGCAAACUCAAACACGAUCACCAUUAACAAGACAAGUUCUACCUCUCAUGCUCAUGUUGGCAACAUCAUCAAUAAGCCUAUAACAGUGAGCCAGAUCCAGGGCCAUAAGCCUACAGUGACAUAUGCCACACUUUCAUCAACACCUGGAACAUCUAUAGGACACCCUACCACUGUAACAGUGAUGGCCUCUAGCGGGAAUAAUCCUGGGGGCACUAAGACCAUUGUGGUGGUGCCUGUCUCUAGCACUACGGCUAGUGGUGAUGGGCCUAUGGUGAAAAGACUCAAGACAUUGUAAAAUACAAAUGUACCUAAAAAAUUAUAUUAGUGUAAUAGGCUAUCUAGCACCCUUGUGACAGAAAAGAAAUAGGAAAAAUAAUUUCUCACUUGACAUUCAUAAAUCCCAACAUUCUGUCAUCUGUUGUACAUAAUGAUAAACAGUUUGGAGGUGGAUUAUUAUUGGAUGUUAAGUGUGAAAAAGAUAUGAUGCUUGCUUUAUUUGGAUACACUUGUUUGUUUAAGGUUCAAUAUUUCCUAAUAUGUUGAGAACCUUAUGAAUUGUGACCACCUCAUCAGAUACAAGUUGUAUCUGUAUAUUGAUAUGAAGCAAGUUAAGGGUUCUUUCUCACAUGUCUACAAGCAGACUUGUGUUGUGAAUGUAGUUGUGUUGUCCAACAGGGGUGUAUGCCAGCAGCGUGACAACAAAAUGGUGCUUAACAUCCUAUAUUCUUGUAGCAUUAAAUUAAUUUUGAUUGUUCUCAGAUAUUUAGUUUGCAAUAGUGUGCAGUGAACAUUAAUUUAGGCUUUAGAUUUUUGAUCUUUUGUUUAACAUGGCACACGUUUACAAUUCAUUUGGUGUUGGACAAUAUACAUAAGCCAAUCUAGUCAUGGCCAAUGGACAACAUUAAAUGGGAUUGUGUACUAAAGUUUGUGCUAGUGAAAGUAGUAUUUAGUUUGAAGUCUUUUUAUAGGUAUUUUUGCUGCCACUUGUGCCAUCUGAGAAGAUAAAAAGUAAAAGCUGAAGAUUUGUGAGUUUUAUGAUUUGGAUUAAGAUGAAGUUCAGCAUAUUAAGUUAAUUUACUGAAGAUUCCUGUAAUUUGUUUUCUAGAUAUUGCUUUAUAUGUACAUUAACUACAUGUGCUGUAGUUUAUUAGUUAAACUGAAUUCCAAUUGUUUUAGUGGUGAGGGACGUGUAUUUUUAGAUGAGAUAUUUAUGUACAUUGAUUGUAAAUUGUGUAAAUAGUAUUUAAAGCGCAACAAGCAAGUCAAUAAAAGGGAAUUGGUGUCGGCAAGAUUUCACUUUGAAUUAGCAUUUCAGAAAAUCUGUGUUGGUGGAACACCUUUG